GGACAUACCCAAUGAAAGUCCAAGGGGAUAUCAUUGGACAUUCCUAGUCUAAUCCUCGGAAUUGCAGAUGGGGCAAUUCCUCAUUCACACGACGAUUUUUCUUACAUUCGAGUUUCUUUGUUAAAAUCGCCCAAACUUUUUUUUAAAUUUUAGCAUAAAACAUAAAUUCCUCGACGAUCUUUUCGGGAUAAUGCUGCAUUCACAUCCAGAACCCUUCCUCAAUGAUUCCUUGGAAAGAUUGUUCUGUAAAAAGUAUCUAUUCGCCCGGCAGGCACAUUGGAAGCUCCCAGAAGUCGAUGUUUUGUUUACCCAGAAGAAUUUCCAAGAUAAUCACCUUCAGGAGACCAAACAGCGACUCAACAGUGUGAAGAGCAAGCUCAAUGAUGUUGAGCUGGAGGUAUGGAGUACGCACACAUUCAAUCAGAGCCCAUCACCGGAGAUUGUAUAUAGAAUUCGGCAUGGAUUCAACGUUGAGUUUGUCACACAAGCAUGGACAAAGUUCUACGAGUGCUUGGGAUCCUUCUGCCUUAUCCCUGAUGUGGAGGAGACGCAGCAGCCUCUGAAUACGGUGCAUCUGUGUGAAGCUCCAGGUGCUUUUGUUGUUGCACUCAAUCAUUUCCUCAAGACACACCGGAAGGGGAUAAAGGAGUGGUCGUGGUGUGCAUCAACACUCAAUGUUUACUACGAAGGUAAUGCAUUUGGGAAAAUGAUUUCCGAUGAUCGUUUUAUACACACCACGCUGGAUAAUUGGGAGUUUGGAGCUGAUAAAACUGGUGAUAUUACCUGCAGAGAGAAUGUUGAUCAACUUGUGGAGAGAUGCUCAAACAUGGGACAAAUCCACUUGGUGACUGCUGAUGGAUCUGUUAAUUGCACAGAUGCUCCAGAUUGUCAAGAGGAGCUUGUUUCGCAUCUUCAUCUCGCUGAAACAGUUGCAGCAUUGCGAAUUUUGGCUCUUGGCGGAUGUUUUGUUCUCAAAAUGUUCACCUUCUUUGAAUCAUCCAGCAUCUGUCUGAUCUACCUGCUCACGUGCAUCUUUAAAUCCGUAACGGUGUUUAAGCCAGUAACUUCCAAGGGUGGCAAUUCGGAGGUUUACGUUAUCUGUGAAUACCUCGAAAAUCGUCUCAAUGAGGAUUUUCUCGAAAAAAUGUUCAAAAACAUUUCCAAUAGGAAUGCAGCAUUCUUCCCAGCCGUGCAGCUUCCACGGGAUUUCCUUCAGCAACUCUAUGCGUGUACAGGGAUGUUUUCCAAGUGGCAAAUUGAUGUUAUUGAGGGGAAUAUUGCAUCAUUCGACAGGGAUAACAUUGAUAAAAUGUCUGAGGAUUUGGUAAACUUUAAGCAGGCGGCAUUUUUUGAAUUCUGCAAACGGUACAAAUUGGAGAAUCUCCCGGAAAAGGCUCGAAUCACAAAACCAAAUGUAGUUCCAAGCUAUAUGCGGAGCUCCCCGCGCAUAACUGAAGGAUCAUACACAGAGAGAGUCAUUCAUAAAACUUCCAAUCAGAUUAAGGAGAAUCAUCGUAAAGGAUAUAUACGGUAUAAUGCAUUAAUCUCAUGUUCAGGACAUUCACACCUGUGGACAAGUAGUUCGGAUCACCUCUGUCCAAUGUACGGAAAGCCUUUUAAGAAGAUUUCCUGCAGUGUUUUCAUCCUGUCCGGCUUGCUUUAUCACUUUCUUGAGUGUCAGCGUGAUUGCAUGGUGGCUGCUGAUGAUGAUGCUUCCAUGCCCAAUUGUCGAAUAAUGCGUCGUGAUGAAAAUUCGAUUGUGAUAGAAAUGAAAGCAUUUUGCCACGUAGUGGACCAUCCUCAGUACUUUCGGGACGUUGUAGCUGCAUUGCAGGAAGUGCUAAAGACCAGAGAAAUUCAAAAGAUCUUCCUCAGCAACUUUUGCCCAUUGAGUCAAAUGACUGCGGGUUUAUUGUUUCUCCUCUCCAAGCAGUGGCAAUCGCGAAUUUAUGUAAAUUGCAUUCAAGGAGUGAUUACCAUUGAUGUCAGCAAACAAGAAUUAUUUGAUGCCUACAGAGAUAUUCUGGAUAGCAUUGUGGAGCUGCUUAGCAAGGAGGAUUUGCAGAAAGAGAUUCUUCUAUCUCUCAUUGAUAUUCGGGAUGUUUAUAAAAAUCCUCAUUUUCAUAAAAUCAUCCGAUGCUACAAUAAUCAUUUAAUCAUGAGAAUGUUCCAUGAUCUUAUUUCAUGAGGCGAUGUAAUGAUAAGGUAUAAAAGAUUCGCAUGAAAAUAAUUCAAUUCAAUUUAA